AUGAGCUCAGGCGGAAAGGAUACGCUGAGUUUGGAGGAGCGAUCCAGGAACGUACAGGAUCUGUUGCAGGUGCUAAUGGAUAUCAAUGACAUUAAUGGGGGAAACAGUGAUAUUGCUGAGAAGAUGAAGGUUCACGCCAAAAAUUUCGAAGCUGCAUUGUAUGCCAAGAGUUCUUCAAAGAAAGAAUAUAUGGAUAGCAUGAGAGAGAAAGUCAAUGCGAUGCGUAACACUAGGGACACUCGCAAGAAAGCUGCUGCUUCGGCCGUUUCGAUGGGUGCUGUUAAUAGAGCAAUGCUCACACAACAGCAACAACAACAGCAACAAAGGUUACAACAAGCUGGAAUGGCUGCUAAUGGUGGAUUUGUUCCAAAUACCUUGAAUAUGAAUUCCCAUAUGUUUUUAAAUCAACAGGCGCAGGUGCGUCAACAGGCUCAACAACAAUUGAGAAAUCAACAGCAGCAGCAACAGCAGGCACAACAGCAGCAGCAACAACUUCAUGGGCAACCUCAGACACCACAGCUCUCAGCACAACAUCAACAGUUGAUCAAUCAAAUGAAAGUUGCAAUUAUUCCUAGAGAAUUGUUACAAAGGAUACCAAACAUUCCUCCAGGUGUUAAUACUUGGCAACAGAUCACAGAACUGGCGCAACAAAAAAGGCUCACGGCACAGGAUAUGCAAAUUGCCAAAGAGAUUUACAGAUUACAUCAACAGCUUUUAUACAAAUCUCGUUUACAACAAGCCAGUGUGAAUAAUAGAAUGAACUUACAACAACAGGAACAGUUGCAUCAACAACGUAUGGCUGGAGUGAAUGGUCUGCAAUCACAACAGUCUCAAGGACCUACCCCACAGCAAUUGGCUCAGCAGCAUCAAGGUGGUCUUCAACAGCAGCAGCAGCAACAACAACAACAACAGCAGCAGCAGCAGCAGCAGCAGCCUACAACUUUACAACAGCAGCAGCAACAACAACAACAUGCUCAGCAGCAGAGAUUGCAACAGCAGCAGCAGCAGCAGCAAGCCCAACAACAGCAAGGUAGAUCAGUCAAAUCAGAAGGUGAAUUUCCAAACAUGUUAAGUCAGAUCAAUCAAAUUUUUACCCCAGAGGAGCAAAGGGCUCUUUUACAUGAAGCUAUGGAAGCCUGUAAGAAUUUUCAAAAGACUCAGUUUGGUAAUAAUAUGACUGAUUCAAACAGGCAGAAUUUCAUUAGAAAAUAUAUUAAUCACAAGGCCAUUAAGAAGAUCCAGAAUGUGAGAUUGGCACAAAUGGCCGCUAGCGGAGCUACUCCACAACAGCAUGCAGCACCUAAUAAUCAACGCCAUUCAGUUUCGUUACAAUCUCAACCUUCAGCUGGUGUAGGUACAGCUGGCCCCGCUGGCGGUGCCCCUACAGGUGGUCGUCCCAGUAGCUCAACGAUCGCAGGUGCCCCUGCUGGUGGUUCUGGUGGUGGAGGCCCUCCUAAUAAUGGUACCCCUAAUGUGCAUAAUUCCAUGCCUUCACAAGGAGCAUUGAAUGCUCAAUAUAACCAAGCCAAUUUAAGAAACAAUGCUGCUGCUGCUGCUGCCCAGGGUGGGGCUCCUAUUCAACAACCUAAUAGAAUGGCACAACCGCAGGCAAGGCCGUCUGUCCUACAAGCUUUUGCACCUACUCCACAAGAUGUGGAAGUGGUCAAGAGAAUAUCUGCAGAUGCCGCCAGAACUCCUCUUAGAUUAUCGGACUUGACCAAUACUUUAUCACCUCAAGAAAGGGACGAAAUUAAACGUAUGUUACAGAUAAAUCAACAACUGUUUGCGCAAGUUAGUAAUUAUGCCCCCCAAGUCUACGUUUUUACCAAGAGUGAAAAUUUCUUGAAAGAAGUCUUACAAUUGAGAAUAUUUGUCAAAGAAAUCUUGGAAAAAUGUGCAAAGGAAAUUUACGUGGUCAAGCUGGAUACUGUAGAAAAAUUGGUGAUCAAAUAUAAGAAGUAUUGGGAAAGUAUGAAGAUUCAAUUGCUAAGAAGACAACAGUUGAUCCAGCAACAACAACAGCUGCAGCAACAGAAGCAGAAGUUGGCAGUUCAGCAGCAAGCUGCUGGUAAUACUCAGGCAGGUCUUAAUAUAUCUCAGCAGCAACAGAGGGUGCAAGGUUCAUUGCAACAGAUCCAGCAGCAGAUGCAACAGAAGCAACGUCAACAGCAACAGAUGCAGCAGCAACAACAGGUCCAGCAACAACCUGUUCCUAAGGUCCCUCCAACUAACAGUAACAUAGCGCUUGCUGCCCAAAAUGCUGUAACAAAUAUGUCAAAUCCAAGUGCCAAUGGUACUCCUGGUGUCAAUGCUGCAGGUGCUACUAAUUACCAACCGCCAUUGUCAGAUGCAAGUAUGGGGAUGUCUGCUGGUUCUGCUGUGGGUGUGGAAGCUCCUAGAACUGGAUUGGGGCUCGAUUUUAUGGGUUCUCCCAAUCUUGCCAAAGGCUCACCACCUACUGGUGCUACUACUGGUAUGUCUCCAAAGAGAGAGUUAGCCAAAGCUGCCGCUACAGGUAAUUUUACGAAGGCUAGAUCUAAUAGUUUAAAACCUUCGCCUAAUGCAUCUCAAUCUAACAUGAAUACUCCUGUAGUGGUACCCCCACCGACAGGGAGCGGGUCAGCUACACCUGGUGUGUUAAACGUUGGUGAUGGUAUAUCUCCAUUGAAUGGUAAACCAUUGGCUGUGGCAAAUCAUAAGACACCAUCUCCAUUAACUGUACCAUCUAUUUCACAAGUUCAAGCAACAGCAUCUAACACAGAUAACCAUCCCUUCGAAGAAGAGGAGGAUGCUUUGAGAAAAAUGAACAUCAGGAAGGCAGAAAUUAUCUCAAGGUUUAAGCAUCGCCAAGAAGUUUUUGGUAAAUCGCCUCUGGAUAUGUUUUUAUCAACUUUAGCCGAUUGUAUUGGCGUUAAGGAUGCUAAUGUGGAAGCUGUUAUGACUAUUCCCCCUGCAGUGGUGGAUCAAGUCAAUGGCACUGGGAAGAAGAAGCUGAGUAAAAUGGCUCAAAAAGCUAGAGAUCAGGAUGUCGUGCUCGUCUCCAUUAAAGAUAAUAACAAGUUAGUCAUGGAAAGUAAGACAAAUCCUAAAUCACAAAGUUAUCAAGUUCCUUCCGACGCUCUAGGAUCUGUCUUUAAGGAUGUCUACGGUACAAGCGACAUCAUGACGAUGAAUUUCAACGAUCCAUUUGGUAUCUCGAGAUCUGUCUCUGAUGGCGCUGUUGUAGGAUCCAGCCAGAUAAAUGCUAGGAAGAGAAAGUUGGAGGAGCUAGAAAUAAGUCCGGCUAAUUCGGCUAAUUCACCUUCCUCCUCUUUAAUGAGUGAUUCUAAGAAAGUUAAGAUAGAUUCUCCGGAGGAUAUGUUCGUUACGAGGUAUGGAGGAGACUCAGAUACCAAACAGCUAAUGAAUACUGGUGUACCGUCAACUAACGUAUGGGAUUGGAAUUAUUGGGCUAAACUGGAGCAGCCGUGA